AGAAGUCAUGGAUGGAUGGCUGGUCCAGCCCGUCUCCAGGCCGGUUGUUACCUUCUGUGCUUUGUGCCAUACAGGAGAGCCCAGAGCGUUGGCCAUGAGCCCCUGAGAAGACAAGGCUCCUCCACCAACAGCCGCCCUCCUCAGCCUCUCUCUGCCCAGGCCAUCAAACACAUCUGGGUCCGCACGGCUCUUUUUGAGAAGGUUUUGGAUAAAAUAGUCCAGCACAUUGUGGACAACUCCAGUAAAUACUAUGAAAGGGAAGCUCUAAUGCAUGACCCAGUCUUUGGGCCCAUCUUAGCAGCCUUGCUUGUGGGGCCCUGUGCCCUGGAGUACACUAAGCUGAAAACUUCCGAUCAUUUCUGGACGGACCCAUCAGCCAAUGAGCUGGUUCAGCGCCACCGUAUCCACGGGGCCCACCGCAGCCUAGAUGUGUCAUCUGGCCGUCGACCAGCUCUGGGGAUCCGUAAGAGGCAGUCCAGUGGGAGCAUGUCAGAAGACAGGUUUGCUGCAUCUGCGAGAGAGUAUGUGGAGUCCCUUCAUCAGAACUCCAGAACACACCUGCUGUACGGAAAAAACAACGUCCUGGUGCAACCGAAAAAGGACAUGGAGGUGUUACGGGGCUAUUUGUCACUCCAUCAAGCUGGGGAUAACCUCACGCUAAAAUGGACACCUAACCAGCUCAUCAAUGGUACGCUGGGGGACUGCGACCUGGAGAAAAGUAUUUAUUGGGACUAUGCACUGACUGUUCCUCUGCGCCAGAUUGUUUGCAUCCACUGUCACCAACGGCCUGAUUGUGGUGGGACGCUGGUACUCGUCAGUCAGGAUGGGAUCCAGAGGCCGCCACUGCACUUUCCCCCCGGCGGUCACCUCCUGGCCUUCCUCUCCUGUCUGGAAACUGGACUUCUACCACGAGGUCAACUGGAACCUCCCCUCUGGUCCCAGAAAGGCAAGGGAAAAGUGUUCCCUAAGUUGCGGAAGAGGAGCAGCGCAGCACGCCUCAUGGAGCAGGACAGGAACGGUGAGGAGCAGACAGCUGCUGACUACGUCUUUCGCAUCGUCUACCCAGGAUACCGAUACGAUGCUAUCACUAUAAACUACCACCACACCACGGGCAGCCGCGCACCGUCGCUGGAUGACGAUGAGGAAGAGGAAGAUAGACUCCAUGCUAUGAUCUCAAUGAUCUGCUCGCGGAACCUCACAGACCCUAAUGUCUUGAAAGGUUUUUAUCACCUUAACACACCACCAAACCUGCUGCCCCAUCCCCACCCCUUAGACCUCACUCAAGCUUCAGACCCUUCCCUCCUCACCUCCCUCGUCCUCCGCCCACUUCUCCGUGUCCUCUUUCGUCUUCCCUCCUUCCCCUACCUAGCCUCUCACCCCCCACAGCUUUGCCUGCCUGUCUGUGUGCUGCCUGAAGCUGAGCCCAGCAGUGAGGAGAAGGCUAGGUCUGAUCAAACUAUCAGGGACAUGGGGAAGUAGAAAUGUGGUCCGAAACUCUGACCUGCUGCUACCAAAUUUAGCUGAUCCUAUUUUCUCUUGUAGAACUUUUAAUAAAUUGAAUUAAGAUUUUCUUACAAAGAUGGCAGACAGUAUGUUGAUGAUUUAGGGAGCUUCUGUAUUAGUCGACAUUUUAAACUGUAUUUAAUUUAUCAUUAGAUUUAAGGAACCUCCAUGAUUAGCUGGUUGUUAAUAUUGUGUAAGACUGCAACUAAGGAUUAGUUUAUUGAUCAAUUGUUCUAUUGAUUAAUUAGAUAAACACAUUGGCACAUUCUUCUGAUUUUCCAUUUGCCCACUGAAGCCUUUUUAAAUACAAUAUUAUAAAUAUAUAAAGAGAUUUUUAAAUGAGAAAAUAAACCUUUUGUUAGCUAAAAUCCAAUAACAGCUUUCCUUAAAACACUUGAUCAUUUGUAGCAAACAAUGCAUCUACAGCUAAAAAAACAUCAACAUGUGAAAAGCUCAGUCUUUUCUGUGAGACUUACCAUCAGUACAGAGUAGGAUUGAUCUGGUGGUAUUUUUUUUGGAUUAAACAAGUAAUAAUUGGAUAGCAAAAGAUGCUCAAUAGGAAAUUUAUUUUUAGAGAAUUUGAAUCAGCUAAAACUGCAAUUUGAC